AUGCAGCUCAGCAUCUCCUCCAUCUGCGUCGCUCUGUUCGCCAUGAGCCAGCUCGUGGCCGCAGUCCCCGCCUCGAAACAGCAAAACAGCGUCCGCGAACAGUUCAAGCAACAAAACUGCAAGAGCCAAGCCUGCCGUGACUCUGUCGACUCUGGCUGUGCCCUCAGCAACAUCAAUUUCGAGCUCGGGGGCUGCGAUGACCCUAGCCAAUGA